UUUGGCUGACUUAAGGAAAUGUCACAGAAACUUCAUGUGAAUUGUUUUGACAAUAAAAAGGAAAAUAAUGCAUUGAAUCAAUGUGGGUCAACAGACCAGAAAAUACAAAAUGAGCCGCGAAAUCUUAUCACCGCCCAUCUUGGUUAUGGGGACACGUCGUUAUCGUCUUAAUAUAAUUGAUGAAGACUAUGGAAAACCUACUGUAGACCCAUCUAGUUUAGGAUAUCAGGAAGACGAUCUAUAUGACGAUGAUGAUGAAGACACUUAUGAAGUUGAAGAGCUACAAAACUCGGUAUUUCGAUUAGCAUAUCAUGUUCCCAGAGUAUUUUAUGGAGGAAUGAUUGGACAAAAAGGAAUUACUAAAAAGAGAAUUGAAUCCGACACAAGAACGGAAAUUUUCAUUCCAGGUUUUAGGGACACAGAAGAGUCUUUGGUUUCCAUUAAAGGUAAAUCUAGAAAAGAUGUUUGUGCUGCACGUCGACGGCUUGAAUUAGUUGCUGAGUCUUUGCGAAAGAAAAUCCAGGCAACGCAUUUUACUUGUGUGCCUGUGUGCACGGGUGAUAUAAAGAAAGCGUUUGAUAACUUGAAGGAGUCCAUUCUUUACGAAAAUUUUUAUGGCAUUGAUGAAGAUCUCUUUUUGAGCAGAGAUAAAUUACACAUAACUUUUGCUUCGUGUAAACUUCUUGACGAUGAAGAACGAGUUAAAGCUGCACAAAUAUUUAAUGAAUGCAAGGAAUUCCUUGCCAAUAUGCCUCACAUUAAAGUAAAGGUACGUGGUUUGGAAAUUAUGAACGAUGACCCCAGUUCUGUUAAUGUUGUAUAUGGUUGCAUCGAGUCUUCACAACUUCAAGUACUUGCUGAUAAAAUAUUACAAAAGUUCAAAGAAGCCCGUCUUAAUAAUGAAGAAUAUCGAAAUAGUGCCAAACUUCAUAUGACCGUUAUGAAUGUUGGUGGUCGCCUUAAAAAGGAUCCAGAUAGCCCCAAUGCAUUCGAUGCAAGGCCAAUUUUAGAAAAAUUCUCUGAUUAUGAAUUUGGAACAUUUACUGUAAGCGAAGUUCACUUGUCACAAAUGCAUACAACUGGACCAAAUGGAUUUUAUAUUGCAACGGGAGUAAUAACUGCAUAGAACUUUAUAUACAAAUUUGAUUUUCUCUUUAUGUAAAUAUUUAUAAAAUAAUGAUGAAUUUUUUAUGAAAACUGCUGAAAUGUUUUAAGUGCGCUUUAUCCAAAGUUGAAUUUUUUCGCAAAAUGUAAAUAAAAAAUAAAUACUGCCUUCAGGUUGGUUGGGAUUAUGAAAAUAAAAUUAGGAGAUAUGUAUAAAAUAACUACAUAACUUA